AAACGCGUGUAUCCGGCCCGAAUACGAGCUCCAAUAUAAUGACGCGAUCCAGGAAGAACUCGUCGGACUAAGCCUAGGGUUUCUCACUUCGCGCGCCGCCGCCUGCUGCCGGAGGGAGAUGACAGAGAAGAAGCAGCGCGCCGGCGGGGCGAGGAAAGACGAGGUGGUCAACCGCGAGUACACCAUCAACCUCCACAAGCGCCUCCACGGAUGCACCUUCAAGAAGAAGGCACCCAAUGCCAUCAAGGAGAUCAGGAAGUUUGCGCAGAAGGCAAUGGGCACCACGGAUGUCAGGAUUGAUGUGAAGCUCAACAAGCACAUCUGGAGCAGCGGCAUCCGGAGUGUGCCUAGGCGCGUCCGUGUUAGGAUCGCGCGCAAGAGGAACGAUGAGGAAGACGCCAAGGAGGAGCUCUACUCUCUGGUCAGUGUUGCUGAGAUCCCCCCUGAAGGCCUGAAGGGUCUGGGUACCAAGCUUGUCGAGGAUGACGAAUAAAUCUGCCUGUGUUUUGAUCUUCCUGCAUCAACGAAAAUUUUGUGUGUUUCUGAGUUUGUUAGCACGGUUGAUAUCAUUGUCAGAAAACUUGGGAAGUCUUUUGAGCAUACUUUUUUCUGUCUUGACUGAUAUUGAACUCUUCAUGGUACCUGAAUUUGUGAUUUAUGGAUCCAGAUCGUUUCUGCAGCA